UUCUACCUUGUUACUACCAGAUAUGUUCUCAUUGGCAUAGAUAAAAGAUGUUUCUUAUCUAUACUAAAAUUUGCUUUUAUUUUAAGGUGUGUGGCUUUAAGGAACGGAAAUGCGUACGACCAAUUAAGUAACAACUAAUUGUGAUGGAUAAUUAAAUAAUUUUAAAAAAAGGAUGUAUAAUUAGUCAUAUCGAUAUCGAGCAUGAUCUGUAUCGGUACAUCAAUAAAGGUUAUUGACACCUAACAACAAGGAUAUUAAAUCACGAAAGUGACCAAUUUAUCAAUCAUUCGCACAUGUCAGUCACAACAAUCGACACCAUCCAUUGUCUUAACAAAAGAUGACGGAUAUAAACAAGCGGACACUACACACAACGUUGUCAUAAUUUUAUCUGACAUAGAAUCCAUUUCAGCGUUUUAGUGCAUUUUAUUUAGUUUCGAUGUUUGAUAUAUUUUACUAAAUCGACGAUUUAAAAUAUUUAAGGCCAUUCUGACAGGUUUUUUAUCACUCCACGUGAUCGCUUAUAAUAUGUUCAAUUAUUGUGCUUCGAAUAACAGGAUUUUACAUCAAAUAUUAUGAAUCUGAACAUGAUGUAAAGUAAUUGAAAGAAUGUUUAGAGGCAAAAGCACGUCCGAACAUGAAUUAUUUAUAUAAAGAGUGAUUGCAAACGAGAACAUGUGUGAAUAACAAAGAACACCAUCGGAAAUAGGAAAAAAGAGUUUAGGACUUUAGACUUGUCAGAAAAUCAUAAUUCUAUUAUUUAAACAAUUGUAUAAAGAUUAAGAAAACACUAGCACGUGGUUAAGUAAAGAAACAGAAAAUCAUGGACACUGUCAAGCAGGUUACUGUAGGCGUCGUCGGUGAUUCCGGCGUCGGCAAGACGCUGCUAUGUAUGUCGUACACGGCGAACCACGUGCUCAAAGACUAUAAGCCGACGGUGCUUAAUCACCACUGGACGCUGUUGAAGCACGAUGACUUGAUAGUGGAUUUGCAGAUAUGGGAUAAUUCCGGUUCGGGUGAAUACAACUCCUUACGACCCCUCUCCUACCCCCACACGGACGUUUUCCUGGUAUGUUUCUCGCUGAAGUGCCUCCGCUCCCUCGAAAAUGUGCGCUCCACAUGGCUGCCGGAAAUAGAAGCCGCCGUUGGGAGGCGGCCCUUUAUUCUCGUCGGAUGUAAACGAGACGACUGUGUUUCCGGUAGAAAGACGCUUGACGUCCUCACGGACGAGGGCGAGGAGAUGGCGCAAGAGCUCGGUGCGGUCAAAUACGUGGAGACCAGCGCUAUCGAACAGUCCGGUUUUACGACGUGCUUCCAUUUAGCGAUCAAAGCCGCCCUUGACUCCCAGCAGACGACAAAUCAGUCACGUGGUGUCCUCGAGUCUCGUAUACGUUCUCGUCCAAGUACUACGGAAGUUACGUCACAGACGCUUAAACCGCAUCGCUCACCGUUACCAGCACGCACCACGUCAAGUGUCUUUUCUAGCAGCCUUCCACCUAAAGUGUCAUUAACCAAAUUCCUAAAUAGUUAUUCAGAUUGGAUUUGAAAUGUAUACGUUUUAUUAUCGCCAAUUGAAUUGCAAUGUACAUAGAAAUUUUACUCUAAACACCUUUUUGUAUAACUGAUUUCACGAAACAGGGCGUCAACAAAACCUAGCACAAAAGCUCUGUAAUGACGUUAUCAUUUUAACGUUAUUACAAUUACUAUUCCUGUGAAAUUUCAUUUUCCAGUUGAACUUUUUCAGCAUAAAGUUAAAAGUCAUGAAAUUUUAAAAUGUGAUAAGAUAUGGUUAAAAGGGUAGAACUUAACAUAAUAAGACUGUUAAAAUGAAAAAGUGGAAAGAUCAACAUUUUUUUUCAGAUGCUCAAAGAAUAUAAAGAAGUGAAACUCCAGCUGCUGGAGCAGUAUUGAAUUUUCAUUAAAACAAUUAGUUGGUCCUUUAUUUAAGGCAAGUGACCGAUUGCCCAAACAGUACAAAACAGCACAAUACAGCACAAUACAAACCAACAUAAACACAAAAUAUGAAUAAAGCUGGGGUCACCGCCUUGGAACGGUCAAUGCAAAGCAUUGGGGGUUUAAACCUAGUUAUAGAGCGCUCAUUUUGCAUUUCGUUAAAAGGGUCGUUUUGAUUACCAUCUGGUUAUGUAGCAAUUCAUUUGGUAUAGAAAAUCAUGAAAAUGGGGAUAUUAAAUUGUAUGUGCGUAUGUAUACAUCUCAAAAUGACGUUGUGUUUAUACAAAUAAAUACAUAUGAUAACGUAAACGAACUGUAA